CUCCAUCUUAGAGCUUGAUUUUUGCUUCGAUGGCGUUGAUGACGCUUAUUCGACAGUAAGCUCGACUUUUUAUUCGACCAGGAACGUGGUCUGAAAAAUGAACAACGAUUGCUGCUCAAAGUGUCAAGAUAAAGCAACGAAGAAGAAGAACUCGAAGAAAAUCGAAGAGGAGGAUGACGAAAAGGAUGUGAAACAAAAACCGAAAGCCGCAGAGAAUGAGGAUCCAAAAACAGAUUCCAAAGAAGAAAAAGGAUCACAUGAAACUUCAGAUCAUAAGGAUAAGAAGAAGAAGGGCAUCCUUACAUGGCAACACUCGAGUACAAAGAAAGAGAAGGAUGGUGGUAAAAACUUGUUAAGCGAGAAAGUUGGUGUUAACCUGUCUUGUAACACAGCUAAGUCGAUGAUGCACCAUGGUGGACCCAACCCUUCUAACCUGUGGCCCAUAUCCGCAGCCCCAAGAGGUCGUUAUCCCCAAUUUCCGAUGACACCCCCAUUUCCGAUGGCACCAAUGUAUGGACCAUAUGGUGGUGUUGGUGGUCUGAUGCAACCAUACCAAUACAUGCCUCAUGCCACGAUGUUUAAUGGUGUCCACAUUUCACCAUAUCCGCCUAUGGCUGCAGCUGCUCCUUUUCCCUAUUGGCAAACCAGACCGUAUAUGGAUACUAAUCCCAUGAAGCGUUACACCACCUAUGCAGACAAUUACUCCUAUUGCUUUAUCUAAGUUCCUCUUAAUGAUUCCAUAUGUUUGCUUCAUUUUAGGUGUUUCAAUGUGUUAAAAGGUGUUUCGAUGUGUUAAGAAGAAACUAAAAUAUGAUGAUAAGAUGUUUCGAUGUAGUUUUUUAUAAGCUUAUCAUCAAAGAGUAACAAUAAAAAUGAUCCUUCGAUAAAGAUAAUGUAACAAGAUUCAUGGCCAACCAUCGGGCUCUACAUCAGGGAAAUAUUCAAUUAUCAAGCCAUUACACCAAA